AUGUCUAAUGAACCCUCCACCACCACCUCCUCCAUUGCUGGAGACACCACCACGGCAACCACAGACGACACCAUCCCUGAAGACACCACCAACACCAAACCCUCAACCUCAUUAGACUCAUCCUCGUCCUCCAAAUCCCAAUCAGCAGCCAUCCAAUCCCUCUCCGCCAUCCUCCCCUCCUUGUCAUCAUCCUCCACCGCCCGCUCCCUCCUCCACGACCCCCAAACAUCCUCCAAAAUCUCCUCCCUCCUCAAACAACCCGACUCCGGCGCCGGCGACAACAACCUCUGCCGCUGGCUCUACGACACCUUCCAGUCCUCCGAUCCCGACCUCCAGCUCCUCGUCCUCCGCUUCCUCCCCCUCGUCGCCGGCCUCUACCUCUCCCGUGUCCCCCUCCGCAUCCCCCUCGCCGGCUUCGAGGCAGUCCUCUUGGCCCUCUAUGCUCACGAGACUGCCUCCCGGGGCGGCCAGUCCGUCACCGUCAACGUCCCUGACUUGUCCCACACCAGCCUCUACCACCACGAAACCAAGACUGCCAACGCCGUAAAGAGCCACGCCACCGGGCUCAACCUGGCCGUGAUAUCACCCAGCUUGGAACCUCACGGCACCAUCAGAUCCACACGCAGGGCUAGGAUCGUCGGCGUCGCACUGGAACUGUACUACACCAAAGUAUAUGAGAUACCGGUCGAGUCCAAGAUAGACUUCUGCGAGUUUUGUAAGGUUUGGGCGGGGGGUUACAGUAGUACUGAGGAGGAGGGGAUGAUGAGGAGGGUUUCGUUGCCAUGCGAGCUGAUGCAACCAGUUCUGAGGAUUUUAGGGCACUGCCUCUUGUGCCCUAAUCAGAACAAGAAGCUCACAGAGAAGGCCAGUGAAGCGUGUACGAGUUUAUAUGCCAGGUCCAUGCAUGACGUCAAUCCCAAGGCAAUUCUGGCUAUUGGGAGUUUGGUUAGGCUAGCAGACUCCACGCCCAAGCAGGAUGACCUUUUCGAUCCAACUGACCUUCACAAAUCUAGAGUCAUCUCUCUCUAG